AUGUGGAGGCAAUACUCACUCUGCAGCUCCGCGGGGGUCAUACCUGUUGGUGUCGCACUUGAGAAGCUGGUGCUGGUGGGCGAACUUGUAGUCUGUUCCGAGGGGCUGGGAGACUCCGAACUGGUUGACUCAAGGCUUGUAGUAGUGAGAGUGGUCGAUUCGGAGCUAGUCGCUUCUGAGCUUGUGGAUUCGAAGCUGGUCGUUCCUGAGCUGGAGCUUGUCAAUUGGGAGGUGGUCGACUCUGAGCUGGUGGAUUCGGUGGUCGACUCGGUGAUGGAAGAGGUCGAGACGGCGCUAGUGCUGGUACUGGUGAUGGCAGUUGUUGUCUCGGACGUGGAGCUCAUGCUUGUCACCACAGUGUUGAUGGUAGAAGGCUCCGAUAUGGAUGCAUCUGGUGUAGUCUCAGCAGUUGCGGACGCAGUCGAUGCAGGCGACUCAGCUCCUGCGGUGGUAUCUCGAGCUUGGAGAAUUUUUCCGUAUUCAUGCUUCCGGUAUGGCUGGAUACCCGUGUUGGAGCUCAGUACAGCACACAGUCCCUCGGCACAUACCACUGAAGUUGAAAUUGACAGAGCAGUCUCAGCGGCAUAUGGGUGA